ACAAUGCGCUAAUCUUUGCCCUACAUCUAUUCGGCAAAUACUAAAAGCACUUGUGUAAGGAGCAGCACACUCCUCACUUCACAACCUGGAUGGAUACACUUUUUAGCAAUAAUCAGCAACAAAACUGUAAUGACAAGCACAGGAUACUUUACAAUCCUUUAAGAGGGAGAGGAGCUCGUUUCCACAACAAUAACCCUGUGGUCUGGUCUCCGUGGAGAUGGCCUGGGGUCUGGUUUCCAUGACAUUAAGGGGUCUGUUGUCAGUGGUGAUUCUACUGUGGACUGUCACAUUCACAGAUGGGAGAGACAUCGAUGUAACCUGUGUGUUCUCAGAGGAUUGUGUCCUGCCCUGCAGCUUCCAGCCUGGCAGUGAGGAAGUCAUCCACUGGCUGCAACCAGAAGACAAGGACCUGACCGUCCACUCCUACUACUACAGUACAGAUCAGCUCAAACAGCAGAGCCAGCCUUACAGAGGGAGAACAGCCCUGUUCAAUGACCAGAUCCCCAAAGGAAACGCUUCACUACUGCUGAGAGGGAUCACACUCCAGGACCAGGGCAGAUACAAGUGUUACACCAGCACUAUUAAAGGCAACAAGGAGUCCUGCGUUAACAUAGCAGUGGAGGCUCCAGUCCGCUUGGUGGACAUACAGUUAUCAGAUGACAUCAUCACCUGCAGUUCUACAGGUAUCUACCCCGAGCCUAAACUCACCUGGUCCACUGACCCCCCCUCUGACCUUUCAUUUGACCCUGGAACCAUCCAGAACUCCACCAGCAUCAAGGUGGAUGACCGGGGCCUCUAUGACAUCACCAGCACAAAACAGUUUAGCAGAGACCGAACCAACAUCUGUACCGUGACCUCUGGGACAGUAGAAAGGACAGCAACCCUGAAACAGCAAGAUCCGGUCCAGGGUUCUCCAAGCAGUGAGGUGUCCAUCCUCUGCAGUGUCUCUCAGUCUGACCUCCUGACCUUUGACCUCACCUGGAGGUUCAAACAGACAGACACCAUCCUCACCUCCAGCUACACCAAUGGCACACCUCAGAUGCAGGUUGAUGACCAGUGGAAGGAGCAGGUUCAGAGUUUGUCUGACUCUGGCAGCCUUCAGCUCCACAAGUUAACCAUGGUCCACCAGGGGACCUACAGCUGUGAACUCUCUACUGCCAGAGAUACACACCUGAUCCUCACCUACCUGCAGAUCACACCUGAUAAACUAUCUGAUGUUUCAGAUGGACUGAGUCCAGGUUCAAUCACUGGUAUAGCAGCAGCAAUUAUAGCAGCAGCAAUUAUAGCAGCAGCAGUGAUAUGUUUCAGGCUGAGAGCAAAUACAAAUGGUCCAAAUGAAAACGGUCAGAGUGGAAUACCACUUCAGAAUGGAGAAGAAAGAGAGGAAGACAUAGAAAGAAGACAAGAACAAGGUCAAGGAGAAGACGGAUCAGCCACAUCAACCAUACUAAUGCCUCAGACAGAAGGAGAUAACAUUGACUAAGGGGAGGACAAAGAGGAAAGGUGACAAUUAGACAAUUGUCCAAUUGCAUAUAGGCAAUGCUAACACUUUCACCAACAAAAGGCAAGGUGUAGCUAUAAUCAUAUUGCUUACACACCUGUCCAGUCCUUUCAGAUCUCCAUGAAGUGGCUAGCCGGGGGGUAGUGGCUAGCCGGGGGGUAGUGGCUAGCCGGGGGGUAGUGGCUAGGGGUUGUUUCUGGACCAAACCCAUCUUUGACAUCAAAAAACAAUGUUUUGCAAGUAAAAUGUGAAAUUACCAAUGUGUAUCUCCUGUAUCAGGUAUUGUUACUACUCAGUGACAGUAUGUCAUUCACCAUCUUUGUGUCUUGGAGAGGCCCGUCAUCCUCAACACACACUGAAUGGACAGGAAAGGACCUGUUUCACCAUCAGAAGUAACUUGCUGGCAUGUUAAUCAAUCAAUUACAAUACAUUAUUAGGAGAAAUAGUUGAUUGAUUGCGGGACAUAGUUUUUAAAGUUUCAGUUUAUUUUAUUGUGUGUGUGAAUUAAUUUUGUUAUAGCAGGAGGAAGUAGCUACACUGAGUAUAUCUACUGUAGCAUCACACCCUCACCUUGAUGAAUGCAAGUGAUCUUUACCUGUAUGUAACAUGAUCCCUCUAGAAGUCCCAGACUCUCUCUCUGAAGAGAGAGGAGCUAUAGUAGCAGGAACAAUAAGUUACCUGAAACAGAAUGGGAAGCUGUGAUGAUAACAACCAUAGUCAGCCUCUAUUGAGCCAAUUAACACACCAUAAUUCUUAUACAUUUAGUAGAGAACGGUAGUGACUAUUGGUUUUGAUUGGGUUAUACAACCUUCCCAUAAAGUCUCCCACAGGUUUCCUCAUGGAUCUAUCCAGUCAUGUUCUCAAUUUGUUCAGAGAACGUUAAGAAACAACAUUCUUCUGUGGCAAUUUCAGUACUUCAGCAUAACAUUUACUACAGGAUUCCUUAUGGUUCUAUUUAAAGUCAUGUUCUCAGAACAUUAAGAAAUCUUGCCAUAAAAACUGAAAAAACAUUAAACAUUCAAAGAAUGUUAUUUAAAAACACAUACAUUCUGUUCUCAGCAUCAACAAAACUCUUCUCUAUCUUGUUAAGUGUGUUGGCUGCGCCCACUAAUUGGCCACACCUGAUCUUAAUGAGUGCUUGUUUCCUUUGAAAUAGGGUCUGUUUGAAUAGACUAAAAUGAACAGCUUUGUAUGAGUUAAAAAAAACAGCAUGGUAGCUCCAUCCUGGUGGCUCAGUGGAAUAAUUCCAUGGAUAGAGAGCAGAAGAUCAUCAGGUUGAAUCUCAUUGAUGCCAUGCCACAAUAAAAAAAUCUGUGUGUUCGCAUGAUAAAUGCAUUUCCAUGGGUCUUAUCUUCAAAUAACCUACUAUUUCUGAUCUCAGAAUGUUAAUAAAACUUUUAGGGAACCAUAGACAAAUUUCUCAGAAUCUCCCUGGAAACUAAAAAAAUAUGUUCCAAGAACAGGCACAUUUUUUACUUCCAUUCUCAGAACGUUUAAUAACUUCCUGUUUUAACGUUUAGGAAACUUUUGGUUUUAUUACCAGAACCAAUGGGAAACCAAAAACGUAGGUUCCCACAACUUCCAAUGAACCAAAUAUGCUAUCUGGGCUAAUAGCGAUAGCAGCAAUACAGUAGCAAUGCCUUAUUCACAGUGGACGUCGCACAAGGCAGAUAUUUUCUUUCUGUUGGUUGAUUUGGUUAUCUGUGAAUGUUUGUUGUCCUUACGUUUUGAUAUUGACGAGAAAAGUACUGCCAUAAUAGCACUGGAACAUUCCACAUUAUACUGUGAACAUUAAAUACAUUCACUUUA